AUGCCUGUAGAGCCUUCCGACGCGUCGAACUCUGGACCUCAAGCUGCUAGAUCGCCCACCCCGCCACUGAUCGACGAUACUCUCGAUGCGCCACGGCGGUCGCAACCGCGAUUCGGGUCGCGGAGCCCGAGCCGUGCGCCGUCCGACACUAUCACCACUACCGCAGCCCCUCCCUCGACGACACGCCGGAGCGAUGAUGGCUCGAAGAGACCUCUCUCCCUGCAGCCGCCGAACCCUUCGACUACCUCCUGGCGGCCCAUUAUAGCCCAACCCGCCAUUCCCCCUCGCCCGUCCACUCCACCGUCCCAAGAAGCCACCAUGCCUGCCGAGACCCCAGAGUCGGUCCCCGACGACCACGACCGAGAAAAGGCGCCACCGUCCCUUGCGAGCACCCUCCUGCCCGAUCUAUCACUCUACACGAACCCCGAUCCCGUUCCAGACAAUGAUACGACCACUUUGGAAGAGCUUGCCCAUCUAGUGAGGCUAAGCAAAUAUCAGGAGCGCAAGCGCGCAAACACUAGGAUAAGGCUACAAAGGAGUUUGAUAUCUGCAGCUCUCUCCGCAAGGCUGACGCGCUGCGGGGAGAUGGCGCAUAGGAACCUGGUGGACUGCUUCCGGACCGAUGACAAGAAGACUUUUGCGACCCUGUACAAUGCCAUCCAUGACGUGAGAAAGAGCUGUGAUGAGCUGCGGCGGUACACCCUAUUGGAACCCGAGAUGGACUCACUGAACUCAUCUGCAUUCAACUCCGCCGAGAAUCUGAGUGCUACUAACAAUCCCGUGCCAGACCCCGGUGCCCCCAGCUCUCUUGUCCCGUUUUUGAAUGACAUCUCCGCUUCUGCCCGGGAGGUUUUCUUGAAUUUCUUGACCCAGAUCCGAGCGAACCAGGAUUUUUUAGCCGCGAGAUUAUGCUCUCUCUCUAGCUCUGAACUGACAGCUCUCACAAGCUUCCAUCAGGGGUUGGAACCCAUCGAAUCUGUGCUGCCCUCCCAUCUUAGCCGACCUCCUGCGCCCCGUGGAAACACAAGUACUGCGAACCGUAACCCUGCUCAUACCACGAAUACGGUGGGCCGCCUGCUCUCCUUCCAAAGACACGAUCCCCUUUCCGCCCUGAUCCAUACUUGCUUCGCGAACUCUGCUGGCCCCGAUAGCGCCGAGGAUAGAAGGAGGACCCAGAUUUGGGCCGCCGCGUGCUCAAGACUCAUCUCGGAAGCCAAGUCCGGUUUGGAACCUUUCUUGCUUUCUGUUUUGAAUACCUGGUCGUCUAUGCGGGACUGGUCCGGGAGAUCCAACAUGGAGUGGUAUCUCAUGAAGAUUCUGGAGGAUGGUGCCUUUUUGCUUGCUCGCGCCGAAGACCAACAUGGGACGAGAUUCCAUAUUUCCGGGUGGGCGCGUGAAGGGAACACAGCAGCCGAGGAUUUUUACCAGCGAGCCGUGGGUGAUCUUUUUGCAGUAGUCGACGAUGAUGAUGCCACGGGAAUUCCAGAAGGCUUCCUGGAGCUAGGAAACGAAAUCAUCAAGCAGCUGGAUCCCCAGCUUGCGGACAGUACCAGGAGAUUCUUGGUUUGUAAAUGGCUCUUCCAGACUUUCCUUCUCCGUGCCGUCAUUCAUCCAGAGAGCCAUGGCAUGAUGGCAGAGUACCACAUCACCGAAUAUGGACGACAAAAGAUCCUGUGGCAGGUGGCCAUGAGAGCUAUGCAGUAUGUUGCCGAAUUUUCGUCCUGGACCAAGAAGGCCCCGCUCUCCAUCCCUUCCAAGAUUCAAAUGCAUAUCGAAAACAUCUUCAACAAGCUUCGUGGUUCACGUUCCUAUACCCCUGCUGCCAAGCUAUUGCCUGCCCGGUCUGUGACUUCUCUCCGGGAGACGGUGGAAGUCCACCCUUACCUGGUCAUCAGCCCUGCGGACCUGCUAACCAUGGUCAACGCCUUGUAUCCUGAGCAGCGACCCCAGUCUCGUGCUUCGAGUAGCUUCCGAUCUGGGGCGCCAUCUAUCUCUGGUUUCUCUACCAUUUCCCAGCCUGUCUCGAUAGCGUCUCGCAACAACACUGGCAACAACAAUAACAACAGCAACAACAUUAGCAGCAGCUUUGAUACUGCAUCCGUCCUCAGCAAUAGUGUAUCUUCCGUAAUGAGUGAUGCCGCUAGCUCCAGGGAACCAUCGAGCCUCGACCAGCGGACGGGAACUCCUCUACGCUACACCCCACCAGUGGCCGACCCUCUCAACUCUAAUCGAACAAGCACCUACGAAGACGACGGAUACCGGCUGAGGCUAGCCUUGCAUGAAAUGUCACAAGCAUUAGGGCUUGAAGUCAUGAAUGGAUCCUGCCACCCUUGCGCUGAGCGAUGGGCCGUUUUGUUUAUCUCGUCCGAUGGAAGCCGCCUUUCCUCCCAGAUGACAUUUGAUCCUGACGAUGAUCCUGACGAGGAUGAAAGCUCUUCUACUACAGAUACCGACGAGGAUGAAGAAGAAGAAGGACUCGAGCUCGACAAGGAGUAUUCUCAGCUCAGGGAUUCCAUUAUCAAAUUAGUUCAAGAUUACGAGAUCCCCCGGACCAUGGCUCCAGAAGGAAGUAGGACUCAGCUUAGCAACCGCGCCACAGGAAUCAAGAAGUACCGGCACAAGAACAAGAUCAUCACAUCGGAGAAUUCUACUCGUAGCCGAAAUCCCUAUUACCAACGGAGCGAGAGCACAGACGCCCAAGCGAGGUCUCUCGAGGCAGACGGUGCUGCCGGGCCACUUGGGAACCCUGAAGCUGAAGACCAGGAAUCCUCAACUCUAGUGGCCAUGCUUAAGGCUGCCUCUUCUCAGUCGAAGGCCCAAUCUGAUUUCGUGUCUGCGCACUUAUACUGGAAGACUCUUCAGCAGCUCAGCUCACUAAAGUCCCCAAGUCUUCGCCAAAACGGUUUCGCCCAUCUUCUUAACAUUUUCUCUUGGGGCCCCAAGGACUCCAUCCGCCGGUCGGCUGCUGCUAUUGAGGAUUACGACGCUUGGCUAGUCUGGUUGAAACAAAACCAGGAACGCCUGGAAGGCCACCUCGAUGGCAUGUCGAAGCGGCUGCGUGCGCUUAGGGACAAGAUGUGGUACGUCACCGACGUGCACAACUCGGCGCCCUACGAGCACAGCCGCAACAUUUGCGUGGCCCUGAAAACUAUGGGCCUGCCGCGGCGAUGGCGGAUGAAGGCCAACAACGCCCGGGGCUCCAGCGCGACGACGUACAUCUACCGGACAGAAUCACAGAUCAUGGAACUCCUCGCGGCGACGGAAGAACAGGGCGGCCCCAACAAGUUGAGCGACGAUCAGGCAGAAAAGACGAUGAGGUGGCUGCAGCAGUAUGGAAUCGAGUCUUGGUUCUGCCGGGGCGAGGAGCGCAUCCACCGAUUCUGUCUUGAGGUGGACAACUGCAUUGGUAAGCUGAUUGGGGAGAGUAUGGUCGACGCGCCGGUUCUCUGGUCUAGUGAAUUAUUUUUGCGGGAUAGGAAGAUCCUCGAAAGCAACAAGGGCGCCGGGGGACGCGACAGGGACUCCUUCUGGGGCGGAGAUGAUACCUCUAGCAUCCUCUCGGAUUCUGAGAGGAGGUUCGGCACUGGAACCCGACCAUUAACGACCCUGCGAGAUCUACGCAAUCUAUCGGGUUUCAACUCGAGCCAGCAAUCGUUUGACUCAUCACGAUUCAGCUUCUCGCGAGUCAGUGCUAACCUGUCGGAUAUCCUUGACGGCCAGGAUUAUUUCGGCGCCUCCUCACCGGUGCAUACCAUUGACCCUUCGACCACAUUCUGGUCGCCGUUCCAGUCGACUAUGUCUCCGAGCAACGCAACUCAUUCCACCGGUACCGGCAGACCAGGGACUGCGACCUCUUCGAACGAGACAGUGUAUCAACAGCGGCUAUCCGAGGAGAAGUCGAAGUUCUUGGCGGAGCUUCGACAGACACUCACGAGUCUCUUGCUGUCCGAUCUCGGAAACCUAGUGUUUGUGCGGGGUUCCGAGACAGACGCUUGGUUCGAUGAUCUUGGCCAACAAUGUAUCGACUUGCAAGAGUCGACAGACAGAAAAGCGAGGAGAGCUGCGGCAGCGGCUGCUGCAGCUGCUGCCAAUUCUUCGGCAGCUUCUACUCCGUCUUCGAAGAAGGAUAAAUCAGCCGGACCAUCCCCGCGUCCCAGGGUUAUCGAGAAGAAAAAGAGCUUUGGUAAUUUACGAGGAGCGGGCGAGACAUCUGGAAGUGGAAAGGGCGGAAGUGAAAGCACUGGCACGGAGACCCUGCCAAGGCAAGUUCAAGCUCAAAGUCAAGGACACGAGAGCUCCACGGCGAGCGCGAGCGAUACACUUACCGCGCGGAGCGGGACGUCUAACCGGGGUGGUGGACCUGACUUCCCAUACAAGAAAGCAUAUCAGAGGCUCCUUCGCAUGUUCGCCAUCCACCCCAACCCUUACGUGAAGCUUAAUACUCUUCACGAGCUCAAGCAUCUCAUUCUCUCAUCCCUGACCUUGGGCGGCUCUAAGAGAAGUCGGCUUGCCUUGGCGCGCUCGGAGCUACAAGCGGCUGCGGCCGCGGCAAUGGAGGAGCAAGGAGUGCGGCAGAUCCCGCUCGAAGAUGCUAUUGACAACAUGAAGGAGAGAAGAUCGCAGUCGACGAUUCAACCGGCGGGACCCACCUCGUCCGCCGGAGGACAAUUCAGUACUACCGGUUUGGAUGGCAAGGGGUCUACGGCCGCCAACGGGGUUAGUAUGGAUUCUGUGGUGAUGGAGGUUCUACUAUCACUCUUUAAAGACGCCGGGAUCCGGCCAAAGACGCUGUUCCGCGACCUGCAGUUUAUCGCCGCCUUUGUGCCGCCUUCCGUCCUAGACAAGACGGACCGUGGCAAGUCGUUCUGGGACGCCGGCAUCGCCGCGAUGCGGCUGAAGCAAGAAGUUUGCCAGACCAUGAUCAAAGUGAGCGACAACGUGGUAGAGCACUACACGAGCAAGCGCAAGCAGGCGGCCGACACACUCACGUCAAAAAGCGACGGAUCGGAGCAGCCGGCUUCGUCGGCAUCCCCUCCGCCCAUCACGAGCAAAUACACGCUCGCCGACGCCGUGAGGAUGGUGAUCAUCACGGCUAAGGAGGGCCACGCGGCCUCGCAGCGCGAGCUGGGCCUCUUCUAUCUCUCGCACCCGGAACUCAUCGAUCGCGUGACGAUGCCGCUGUCCAAGCCGCGCGAGGUGUUCAAGCAGGCCAUCAUGGAGAAGUACGGCGGCGGCACAGGCAGGGGCGGGUCCGGUGUGAGAUCGCACCCGGGCGACAGGGAGAGGGCGAGGGCGUCGGGUGGCGGGGCGCAGCACGGGGGUGGGGAUGAGGGCACUGGCGAGGAUGUGCGGAGUGAUCCGGCGCUUAUGUGCGUUGCCUGGCAUUGGAUGCAGACGGCGGAUCAAGGGGGUGAUAAGAUUGCCAUGGACUUUAUACGGCAGCAGGGUUUGGUCUGGACGAAGGAUCUGGAACGGUUCUUUGUGGGAUUGAUUCAGCGCAACUUGCUACAGGUCGAGUGA